UGAAAAUAAAACACUCAAACGACGUAAAUAAGUAGAUUACUUAUCAACUAGAUUUCCACCAUUCAAAUUUCACCUUCACUUCCAUAAAGCUAAACAUAAAUAAAAAUCCAUUGAAACAAGACCAGGCACGGAAAUCUAUGUAAACCUGAUAACAUACGCAGCCAAAAUAGUACAUUUUCCCUGUCAGUUUAACUGUCAUAGGACAUUGAUUCCUUAAAAACUUGUCGCCUUUCGUUUUUCUGCCCUCUGGCAGCCCCUUUUCCUUUCUUUUUCCUUCUUCCAAGAAAUCUUCGAAGCUUUCAAUAGCUCCUCGAUCAAUACAACCCUUUUCCGCCACUCUUCAACUUACCUAAUCCUACCAAAAUAUCCCAAAAUCACGGCCAACCCAACUCGGCAAUUCUCAUAAAUUUCCUCUUUUUUCUCCGGUCCAAGCCUAAGAUCACAGAAAACGAACAGACAAAACUUUCAAUGGAAACUGCCCUUUUCUUCCCAAUCCCGAAUCUCCCUUCGUUUUUCUCUAUGUUUUUGAUCAUAUAUUUCUUGGCCUACUUCAUUGUUUUCCGUAGCUGGAGCUCCAAGAUCCGCCCCGAAGCUUCCUCUUGUUUAAUCUCUCUUUUCCAUGGCACGCCGGCUGUUUUUUUAGCCACUUUUGCAAUAUUUUCAGACCAAAACCGUGGCUUUUCUUCGUCAAACACAAAAGUCCAGAAUUUAGUUUUGGAUUAUAGCAUUGCUUAUUUUGUUACAGAUCUCCUUCACUACAUUAUUUUCUUCCCUUCAGACAUCCUUUUCAUUGGCCAUCAUUUGGCUACUCUCUUUGUUUUCAUCACUUGCCGCUACCUGGUCGUCCAUGGCGCGUAUGCUAUACUCUUUCUUUUGAUUUUAGCUGAAGUUACCAGCUUUUGCCAGAAUGUUUGGACCUUGGCAACUGCAAGGAGGUACGAUGAUGAGUUGGCUACAAAGGUUUAUGCCUUUUUGUCUCCUUAUUUUUAUGCCUUUUAUAGUGCUGCUAGAGGUAUUUUUGGUCCAUUUUUUGUGUACCGAAUGGGAGUGUUUUAUAUAAGUGGGAGAGCUGAUAAUGUGAUUCCUAGAUGGCUUUGGAUUUCUUGGAUGUUUGUUAUUGUUACAGCUAUUGGUGUUAGUAUUUUGUGGAUUUCCAAUUUGUGGUUUGAGUUGUUUAAAGAGAAAAAGGCAAAAUUGGAGAAGAAAUUAUGAUAAUGGAGGAUGUCUUCAGGAGGGUUUUAACAAUCUACGUGAAGAAUAUUAUUAGAAUAUCAGAGGGGGAUGAGGAUUGCAAUGACUUGGUAUCUUUGACGAGGUUUUGGGAUGAAAUGACUACUUUUAGAACAAUUUUUUUUGGUUUUUCUCAAUGGAUACAAUCGUAUUUGAAUGAAUACUUUUGUAGUUUCUCAAUACAGAAAUAAUUGAAACUAUAAAUAGUGCAUGAAUCUCAAUGUCUUAUCUCAGUAUCUUCAUUUCCUUGACAUUAAGCCAAUUUGAAGGAACUCAACCAGUAUACGCAGCUUAUGGCAUGAUCCUCGUAGAUAGUUAUUAAGAAUUAAAUUCAAUGGUACAAAAGUUUAGGCGAGAAUGGUGGCUACGAUUUAAUGACCUUCGGCGAUGCCAGUUGGAUGUUUAAAGCCAUACUUAUGGUUGACAGACAGCCUAGUUUUAUAGGUAAUUUCCCAUGUUUAGCUACCAUUUUCUCUGGUCGGUGGGCAUUGACUUGCUUGCAUCUUGAAACAUAGCAAUGACAGCUAAUGAUAUGUUAAUGUUAUUGUUAGUUUUGACUUGGAACCUUACCUUGACGACUUUUUCUUUGACAACUAUAAGGAUCUUGCAGUGGAUCCCCGGUGAAUUAAAAUUGGCUUUCUUUAAUCGGUUAGUGGUUUGAUUCAAAGAUUGGUUUUGCUGGAAUUCACAAUUAUCUGAAAAAUGUUGUCCAGAAGCAAGUUUCCUGCUGGGAAAAUUGUUCUUAAAAAAUAGAGUUGUUCGGUCUUUGAUUUCAAAUGUCAUGCCAAAUAUGGACAACCUUCAAGGCAACUGCCAAUUGUCUGUCACAUCCUUCUGCUACAAAACUAGCAUUCAAAAACGUCAACGGCCAAAUAUUGACAAAUAAAACUAGAAGAAUGGUUUGCACAUGUGGCUUACAAUUCAAUAAUAAACACAAAGAAAGCCGUAGUACAGUUGUGGUAUGAAUCCGAUGCUUGUAUCAGACAUC